UUAAUUUUUCUAGUUCGUGGCAGAACAAGUGCGUCUGAUACCGCGCCAGACUUUUUUAACUAAUUAAAUUAUGUCAAGGACAAACCAAAACCAGUGGCGUAGGGCAUCUUUUGAUUGUCACUUUUCCUUCUUUAUUUGAGUAGAGUUUGGACCGUGUUGACUUAACUUAUUUUACAAUUAAUAAAUAAUAGCAAUAGCGUGACGAUUUUUGUAAAUACAGUUAAAAAAAAAUUGUCGCGUGUUUCACCCCCAACCCUCCCAAGGAGUGUAGCGCCGCUCCAGAUACUAUUCGCUCUGUGUAGCAAAACAGGCCAAACCCCCAAAAUAGACCCAUUUAACGCUAAUUACCUCUUCCGCGUCUUAUUUUUAUAACCUAACUCCUCGAAAGUCGUCCGUUUCUAGUGACAUUCGCGCCGCUCGCUUGGUACGCGUCCCCUAAUCUAGUGGGAAAUGCAGCCGGCUGUCUGUUUAUUUCCCCGUCAAACCUAAAUAUCUCCACAAAUAAACAAAAUGUUUGCGUUCCGACGCCCCUUUCGCGUGUAGUGAUGUACUCGGGUAGUGAUUCCACUGAAUCCCAGAACUACUCCCAGUGGGCAUUGAACCCGUCCACCUACCAGAGCAUGUCGAACGAGCAGGUGGACUGGGCCGCUUUGGCGCAGCAGUGGAUCAUAAUGAAGGAAGCGGGCCCCCCUCCGGUGAUGUCCAGUGAGUCCCCGAAACUCCCGCCGAAGAAGGAGCAACUCAACGAGGGCGGCGAAGCCCCCAUGGACGUGGAGAACGAGAAGGAGGAGAGCGCGUCGGAUUGGAACCCCGUUCCGAACCAGCAGACGAACAAUUGGAGCUGGAAUGCGCAGAGCCAGACGUGGGGGUGGAAUAACGCGUGGACGCCACCGACGGGGGUUCCGCCACCUGCACCGUUAAAGCCGCCGCUUUUGCCGACGCCUUCUAAUUAUAAUCAGUUUAGUGCGCCCCCGGAUAGUGGUAAUGAUAAUGCGAACUUUCCAGGGUACAAUUCCACGUCGAAUAAUGAGUAUAGUUCGGGGUAUUGGACUUCCGCGGGCAGUUCCAAGCAGAUAAAGCCGCAUAAUAGGAGGUUUAGUAAGGUUAAUGUGCCUAGACCGGUGCAACCAGUGGUUACGGAGGCGCCCCCUGCGCUGGACGCGUCAAAAAGGAAGCAAUUGCCUGCUUGGAUACGUGAAGGUUUAGAAAAAAUGGAACGCGAUAAGCAGAAGCAACUGGAACGAGAAAAAGAGAAGCAAGAACGCGAGGAAUACAAUGAAAAACUGAAGCAGAACGAGAAAGAAACUAUGGAAAUUUUGAAGUCAACAAUAAAAGAACAACAAAGGAGUAAAUUCGAGAGCGACGGCGACUACUCGGACGAAGAAGUACCUGAAAGAAAAAAAGUGGUGCAGCAUCCGGAACCCGUUCCGUUGACUCCAGCCGAACAGAUGAUGAACGUGCGUCGUACCAUGACCGAAAUCCUCCUCAAAGUAACCAACCGCGAGAUCGAGUUGAUCUGCCGCGAGGAACUGCAGCGCCACCACAAGAAGCGCAAAGCUUCAGAUCAGCGUGUAUCCGCACCCAGCGGUGCCAACGUUACCGCCAAACUUGGGCUCGGGAUCUACGGCGGCGGCUCGGGGAGCAGCAGUAGCGGCGAGAGCGACGAAGAGAACGGCGAAGAGAAAGACUCCGACACGGAACUGAAGGACUCCAUCAAGCGCAAGAAGGCCGAAUUUUCGAAAACCGAAAGAGAGAUAGAAGAUAAGUUAGCAGAGGCCGAAAGCCGAAAACAAGAGGCUGUCAGCAGGUCACCAUCGCCUGACACAAACGACAAUGACACACAGGUAGACGCAAAAGUUCAAGACACCCCUGGGGAACCGCGACCUCUGCAUGUUGCAGGCAACCGCAAGCGCCGCUCCCUCUCCGACUCCAAGUCCUCCGUGAAGCGGACAAAGUCUCGCUCGUCGUCGAGCUCCUCGGACGACGCCUCGUCGUACUCGCGCAAGCACCGCGGCUCCGGCCACCGGUCGUCGACGUCGAGCAGCGGCGGCCACGACGCCAAGAAGGCGUCCAAGAGGGGGCGCUCGCGCUCGAGGACGCGCAGUCGGACGCCCGACAAGAGCCGCCACAAGAGCGUCAAGGCCAAGGCGAAGAGGUCGCGCUCGAGGUCCACCUCGAAGCAGAGGAAGGGGCGGUACGCGAGGCGGUCGCGGUCGAGGUCCUCGUCGUACAGGAGGCGGCGGUCGAGGUCCGGGCGCAGGUCGAGGAGCCCGUACGCGAAGAGCAGGCGGUCGAGGAGCAGAAGCAGGAGCAGGAGGAGGAGGUCGAGGUCGUCGAGUAGCGGCAGGGGUAAGAGGUCGCACAGGCGCUGAGGAGGGAAGACGUGUGCAGGUUAUAUUUUGUUUCGGAUUGUGAUUGAAGUUGUGAAAAUGCAAAUAUCGGGGGGCUGAUGGAGGUGAUGAUGGCGUCAACGAUAGUAUUGCCAAGGAAAUCUGACAGUUUUGCGAAUUUUGAAUUGGAUUUACUUGGCAAUGUUGAGGUGACGUCGGCAAAAUUUUGGUGGGGAUAGACGAGUUUUGAUUGGGAGUUGAGAGCUUUGACAUUUAAAAGAGUGUAUAGUGUUAGUAAAAAAUUAUUUGAUCAAUCAUCACUCGUGAUUUCGCCAUGGUAUUUGCAUGUUUCAUCAAAUUAAAAAAUCGUCUUAACGUGACUUUUUUCUGUUUAGGUUAGCCAAGCCCAGAAACCCGAAAAUAAUUUAUUUCUUUGAUAGCUUAGCUUCUGAUGUAAAUUUAUGUAAAGUACUAUUGUAAAUAAUGUUAAAUUGGUUGCACCAUGAUGUGAAACACCAUAAUGAUAAUUACAUUGUACGUUUUCUAUUGUA